ACGCAGCCCGCUAGCAGCCGCGCUAGCCAGUUUCGGUUUUGUCGCGUUUGAAAAUUCGCUCCGUUCUGCGGCGGCUACCAUGUCCGGAGGAACGAACCCCGGUUUUCCGGGGACAAGCCAGGCGUUGGCGCAUCGGAAAAAAGACAGCAGCCCGUCGGCUCGGUUCUGGGAGAGCCCGGACACUUUAGCCCAGCUGGAGGUGGUGCGACAGUGGAUCGGGAAGCACUACAAAAAGUAUUUGCUGGUGGAUGCUCCGUCAUGUCAGGUCCUGGCCGGAGUCACCCUGCAGCUGCUCCAGUUCCAGGAGGACGCAUUUGGCAGACAGGCUCCAGACCCCGCGCUCACAAAGAUCCCGGCACACUGCUUCCUGGACUUGCAACCAGGCGGCGGACUCUGCCACAUCCUCGGCACUGCGUACAAAUUCAAGGUUGAGCAGGGCUGGAGAAGGUUUGACCUGCAGAAUCCGUCCAGAACCGAGAGAAAUGUAGAGAUGUUUGGCGCAAUCGAAAAAGCUCUGAUCCAGAACAACUGUAUCUCCCUGCCGUUGGUAUUUAUUGACCCCACUGUUGAUCUGGAGCUGUCCAGCAGACUCACAGGUAUCAUCAUCAAACAUAAGGGAACAGUUACAGAGGAAAGGAUAAUGGCCAGUCAUCACGUAUACGGCCCUCUUGCUUCGACAGAGGAGGAUGAGUGGAUGCGUCCUGUUAUGCGAAAGGAUAAACACGUGUUGGUCCAUUGGUGCAUGCACCCAGACAGUUACGACAGCUGGCUGUCCUCAAGUGACGUGGAGGGAGACGUCGAAGAGCCGCCACAGUUAGAAAGGCCGUGGAGGGUUCAUGCCGGUUGGGUCCUGGACACGGACGUGUUUAAUGAGUGGAUGAACGAGGAGGACUACUAUGUAGAUGAGAGGAAUGUGCCGCUCAUCCUUCGACAGCGAAUCCACCUACAAGAAGAUCAGGACUCCAGGUCUGCUGCUUCCAAAAAGAGAAGACACUCGCCCUCCCCGUCAACCGACGGCAGGAAAAAAGGAAAGAAAGGGAGAAGGCGCGGCCAACAGGAAGAGGAGCCAGAGGAGGACCUGACCAAAGACAUGGAGGACCCGACGCCUGUGCCAAACAUGGAGGAAGUCAUUCUACCCAAGAAUGUGAACCUGAAGAAAGACAGCGAGAACACGCCAGUGAAAGGAGGCAUCAUGGCCGACCUCGAUGAUCAGGAAGAGGAUUUUCCUGGAAGGGAAGAAGAUGAGGGAAGAAGUGAUAUCCCUCGCUUAUCAGAGGGAGAAGACAAUAUCACUGAACAAACUCACCAUAUUAUAAUACCAAGCUACACAUCAUGGUUCAAUUAUAACAGCAUUCACUCCAUAGAGAAACGUGCGCUUCCUGAAUUCUUCAAUGGAAAGAACAAAUCAAAAACCCCGGAAAUCUUCCUGGCAUAUCGUAACUUCAUGAUCGACACAUACCGGCUCAACCCCCAGGAAUACCUCAGCUCGACGUCCUGCAGGCGCAACCUCACCGGAGACGUCUGCGCUCUCAUAAGGGUUCACGCGUUUUUAGAGCAGUGGGGCUUGAUUAACUACCAAGUGGACGCAGAGAGCCGGCCCCUCCCUAUGGGACCUCCUCCCACGCCUCAUUUCAACGUCCUGGCUGACACGCCGUCCGGGCUGGCGCCCCUGCAGCACAAGCCCCUCCAGGUGUCCGCCUCGCAGCACAUGUUGAAUUUCCCUGAGAGGAGCAGAGAGAAACCUUCAGACUGCCAGAACUUUGGUCUGCGCACCGACAUCUAUGCCAGGAAACACCCAAAGACUAAAGGAGCAAACGCAGGACGAGAAUGGACGGAGCAGGAGACGCUCCUACUGCUGGAGGCCUUAGAAGUCUACAGAGACGACUGGAACAAAGUCUCCGAGCACGUGGGCUCCAGGACGCAGGACGAAUGCAUCCUGCACUUUCUCCGGCUGCCCAUCGAGGACCCUUACCUGGAGGACUCGUCGGCCUCCCUGGGCCCGCUGGCGUAUCAGCCCGUGCCUUUCAGCCAGUCAGAAAACCCCGUCAUGAGCACCGUGGCCUUCCUGGCGUCCGUGGUAGACCCGCGCGUGGCGUCGGCUGCAGCCAAGGCAGCGCUGGAGGAGUUCUCCAGAGCGCAGGAGGACGCGCUGUAUAAGACCUCCGACCCAUCCGCCCUGGCAGAACAUGCAGAUGCCAUGGAAGCUGAAAAGCUGGUCUCCAACUCGCCUCAGGUUCCUGUGAGGGUGGACGGAGUCAAGAUGGAGCCGGUUGUGUCGAAAGUGGAGGGCGAUCAAGUUAAAAGAGAACACGUCGAAAGUAUUCUACCAGAGGAGGUUGAUGACAGGGGGGAAGACGGCGAGAGGAGGCGGGUGGGAGAAGGGGACGACGGUGGGAGAGUGAUGGAGCUGGAGCUGGUGGAGGGCAGCGUUUCCACGGCGGCGGCGGCUGCUCUGUCCUCCGCUGCCUCAAAGGCCAAGCACUUAGCAGCCGUAGAAGAGCGGAAGAUCAAGUCCCUUGUUGCUCUACUGGUAGAGACGCAGAUGAAGAAGUUGGAGAUCAAACUGAGACAUUUUGAGGAGCUGGAAACCAUCAUGGACAGAGAGAAGGAGGCCCUGGAGCAGCAGCGCCAGCAGCUGCUGACAGAGAGGCAGACCUUUCACACUGAGCAGCUGAAGCAAGCAGAGAUGAAGUUUCGCCAGCAGAGGGAGCAGCAGAGUCAGCCGGGUUACACCAUGCAGCAUUCAGGCCAGCCCGUGGCCAGCAGGAUGGUACCUGGUGGAGGAAACGCUCAGACGAUGGCCCCACGGCACCCUGGAGCUCCAAAUGGGAUGUACCCAUCGUCACAGCCUGAUGGGAUAGCAUCUGCUCAGCCCACCCCUCCAUCGUCCAGUCACACAUGAACUGACCAGCAAACAAGACAGACAUAAGAAAAAGGUUUGCUUUAAAGAAGGAUGAAUAGAUCACAUGGUCAGGAAAUCAAACCGAAGACUGUAAAUUGUCAGUAGUCCAUUGUUUUUAGACUGAAAGCACCCUAACUGAUGUGUGUUUGGUCAUCAGUUAAGUUUGUCUUAUAUUUGUGAAAUAACUGUUCGCUGGCAUCAAGAGUUGAGAAACACGACUCAUUAAAGUUGCUUUUUUAUGAA